AUGGAAAACGAAAAUAAUAGUAAGAGGAAGAAUACUACCAACACCAUCAACGAUUUCCACGACGAUAUACUAACUCAUAUAAUCUCUUUUCUACCGAUCAAAGAUGCUUUCAGGACAACCCUUCUUUCAAAGAGAUGGGUUCUAUUGUGCCGCUCACUCCCCGUUCUCCACAUCAACGAUGAUGGCGUGAAAAAUGAAAAGGACUUGAUUCAGUUCCGUCAAAUGUUGGAUGCCGUUAUGUUUUCCCCACGCUCUCAGGACAGUACCCACAAAUCUUUUAAACUCACGUGUUGUUCAAUCCUCUGGGAUGCUAAUGUUGAUUGUUUCAAUAUGGACAAAUGGAUUGAAGCUGCAACAGGACUCCGCGUCGAGUAUCUUUAUCUACACUUGUUUGAAAAUCCUUUGACACUUACCAUUUUCUGCUGCAAAACACUUGUGGUUCUACAUUUGACAGAUAUUCAUGUGCCCAAUAUGUUUGAUUGUUCUCUUCAUCUUCCGCUUCUGAAAAUCCUAUAUCUGUUUUCUGUUCGUUUCCAAGAUUCGGUAGAUUUCACGAAACUCCUUUAUGGAUGUCCCAAAUUGGAUUGUUUGAGUACACUUUUUGUAGAGCCUGCUGUUACAACUUUUGAAGCAAAUGCCGGUAUUACAGCGGAAGGGUACUUUAACCCGUUAUCCAACUUGAUCAGUGCCGUUGUCGAUGUUCCAUACAAAGCAGUUUCUAAUGUCAAGUUUCUAAGUGUAUUUGGGGUAUGA